AUGCAACUCGGCCACGCGAAACUAUUCCUCUUUUUUCUGUCCCUGUUCACACCGGCUUUAUCCCGGCGCAUUGGUCAUAAGCACACUCAUGUCGCUGAGCGAGAGGCUCCCGCCUGUACGCCAACUGCCGGUGGGUCACCCACUGUGGACGAUGUGCCAGCCAUCGAGUCAGCCAUGGCUGCUUGUCCCUCUGGCACAAUCAUGAUUCCAGCAAAGUCUACCUAUCAUAUCAACUCUGAACUUUCUUUCGCCAAAUGCUCCGGUUGCACUUUACAAGUCGAGGGAACGCUGUUGGUGUCAGAUGAUACGAAGGCUUGGAGUGGCAAAGACGCCGUCUUGAACCUCGAAGACGUCAACGACGUCAGUAUUGUUUCGAAAACCGGGAAGGGUGUGAUUGAUGGCAACGGGCAAGCCGCCUGGGACCUGUUAAACAAGGACAAGAAUUACUCCCGGGUCAAAUGUCUACUCUAUCUCACCGGUAAAACGUCCGGCGUCACCAUUUCAGGACUCACGAUGAGGAAUCCGCCAAAUGUCUUCUCCUCAGUCAAGCAGAGUGUUACGAAUGUCACCUAUUCCAAUUUGAUUCUCACGGCUGUUUCCAAGAGCGAUGCACUGCCGAAGAAUACCGACGGAUUUGACCUUGGCGGCACUGGAAUCCGGAUGGAUAACAUCAAAGUUCAGAACGGCGACGACUGCAUUGCCAUCCAGAACGGCGCGGAAGAUAUCACUGUGAUGAACAUUCAAUGCACCGGGUCUCACGGUCUUAGUAUCGGUAGUAUUGGCAAAACACCCGGGGAAGUCGACACCGUCAAAAAUAUUCAUUUCAAAAACGCUAAGAUGACCAAAUGCUCCAAGGCAGCUGGAAUCAAGAUCUACUCUGGAGGUUACGGCACAGCUGAAGUCAGCAACAUCACCUGGGAGAACGUCAUGGUGGAUGGUACCUCGUAUGCCUUCCAGGUCCAGACCUGCUACGGAUCGGAUGAGAAGGAAUGCGCUUCUCAGCCUAGUACUGCUAAGCUGACGGACAUUGUUGUCAAGGGGUUCAGCGGUAAAACUGAUAAGGAUGAGCCGGUCGCUAGCAUUAAUUGCCCAGCCAAGGGUACCUGUGGACUUUCGCUGACUGAGAUGAAGGUGCAGUCUGCUACUGGGGGUGAGGAAUACCAAUGUUCUAAUGCUGGAACUAUUGGUGUCAAGUGUGCCCCGGGCGCAAGUGGAUAA